AUGCUCGAAAAGGAUGAUUCAGUUCAUCUUAAAGAGAAUAUUGCAACAGAAGAGAAGUACAAAGACAGCAGCGCCCCCAUCUCGGAGCGGGUGGCUGACCUCUUGUCUCGUAUGACCCUGGCUGAGAAAGCCGGGCAAUUAUUCCACGAUAUGGUAUUGAUCCCGAACAAUUCACCAAGCCAAGGGCCGAUAAGAGUGUUGCCAAGUGCUGAAAGUAAAGUGAAGGAGCUUCAUAUGAGCCACUUUAACUUAUUGGGCGCCGUGACCGACGCUCGCCAGGCGGCUAUGUGGUAUAACGCAUUGCAGUCCUUCGUGCUCUCCAACACGAGGCUGGGAAUACCUGUGACUAUGUCAACGGAUCCUCGAAAUCAUUUUAAGGAGAACAUGGGCACCAGCACUCGAGCGGGAAAACUGUCUCAGUGGCCCGAGACACUUGGGCUGGCAGCGCUACGCGACGAACGCCUCGUGGAGAAGUUCGCAGAUAUCGCCCGCCGCGAGUACGUGGCCAUAGGAUUACGCUGUACGCUCUCCCCUCAGCUCGAUUUGGCCACCGAGUAUCGUUGGGCUCGAAUCGAAGGGACGUUCGGCGAAGACGCCGACCUGUCUGGGGAAAUGGCAAAGGCGUACAUUCGUGGAUUUCAGGGCAGCACCGAUGGCACCAUAGGCAGAGACAGUGUGAGCUGCAUGACGAAACAUUUCCCUGGGGCCGGACCACAAAAGGACGGAGAGGACGCGCACUUCGUGUACGGCAAAGACCAGGUCUACCCUGGAGGCCAAUUUGAGUAUCAUCUAAAGCCGUUUCGCAAUGCCAUUGAUGCUGGCACUAGACAGAUCAUGCCCUACUACAGCAAACCUAUAGGGCUCAAGGGCGACUAUUCAGAAGAAGUUGGGUUUGCGUUCCAUAAAGCCAUCAUUACUAAGCUCUUACGGGAGGACCUUGGGUACAAUGGGAUAGUCUGUACCGACUGGGGUCUUCUUACAGAUGCUGUAAUUCUCGGUCAGGAUAUGCCAGCCCGAGCUUGGGGCUGCGAGAAACUCAGCGGGUUAGAGAGGGUUGUAAAGAUUCUCGACGCCGGUUGUGACCAAUUCGGGGGGGAGUCCCGGCCAGAACUAGUGAUCGAAGCCGUGCAGAAAGGGCUGGUCACGGAGUCCCGCAUCGACCAAUCCGUGAGAAGGCUAUUGUCAGAGAAAUUCGCUCUCGGGCUUUUCGAUAGUCCGUUUGUCGACGUCGAAGCAGCUGCGACAAUGGUAGGUGAUGCUGAAUUUGUUCGAGAAGCCGACAUGGCUCAACGGCGCAGCUAUACUCUCCUUACCAACCGAGACGGUAAAGCUUUGCCUUUGACAUUCAGUGAUGUUCAGAAAAAGAAAAUUUACUUUGAGAACUUGGACCACAGCAUUCUGGCGUCAAAAUACGGUUUAGAGAUCCAGAGAGUGGCAACGCCUGAAGCCGCCGACAUUGCCUUGAUUCGCCUUGUCGCCCCCCACGAGCCACGCCCCGGAGGCUUCGAAGCAAAUUUCAAUGCAGGCUCUCUAGAAUUCUCGCCUACAGAAAAGGCUCGACAGAAGGAAAUAUACUCAACAGUGCCGCUCAGCAUCGUCGACGUCCAUCUCGAUCGUCCGGCGGUGUUAAGUGAAAUAGCUGGCCAAGCGUCAGCAUUGUUAGUCAGCUAUGGUAGCAGCGCUACUGCUUUCUUAGACAUAGUCUUUGGUGUGGAUGGCUGUGGGCCAGAAGGGCAACUUCCAUUUGAUCUACCAAGUUCACAGAGCGCAGUGAUUGAAAGCGACUCAGAUGCUCCGUUUAGCACACGAGAUCCUGCCUUCAGGUUCGGCCAUGGAUUGCGAUAUUGCUUAGAGUAA